AUGCAACCGGAACGGAAAUACAGAAGCAUUCUUCCAGGUCCUCCGGCCAACAACCCGAGAUCCCUUACUGACGACGAUGGGGAUGCCGCCUCCUCAUCGGCGAGUGGAGGUCUUGGGGGCCAGGAGGGCUCCAAGAGGAAGCGCCGAGCCACGACUAAAGCCUGCAACAGCUGUCGGGAGAAGAAGAUAGGGUGCAACGGUUUGCAACCAUGCAGCCACUGCCAGCGCCGCGGUCUGGCCUGCGAGUAUGCGACCAUAUCAAAGACCAUUCUCAACUCCAUCCCCUCGGGGAUGAAGCUGCUCAACGAAUCGACAGCAAAGACCCAGAGGUAUGCCGCAGAGCUUCUGAGCAUUCUUCGCUCUCUCCCCGACGACCAGGUUCGAGACGUCCUCCAGCAGUUGCGGGCUGGGGGGGAGGCCUCGAACAUCGUCGCGUCCCUCCGGGGACAACUCCAUUCUGCUUAUGACGUCCCCUUCCACGGGAUCCUUCACGGGGUCCCACCUCCAGACCAGAACUCUCUUGAAUUCGAAUUGAUGGUGCGUCACGCCAUCGCUUACUCACCUUGGGCCCCGACAGAAGUCCCGCAUCUCGACUUUGAGCUCUCUUCUUCCUCGAGGCCCAGCCAAAGUCUGUCCGUCGAGUCUCCGUCCACCGCAGUCUCCCCCAUGUCAACCGACACACCCUCCCCGUUGCCGCCAACAGAAUCGGAAUCAUCGUUUUCCGGCCACAGGACCAGGAUUCAUCCGGAACCACGCGACAGCAGCACCUCAAGUCAGAGCCUAAGCGGGCCGAGCAAGUUCGGGAGCAGGGAGUCCGGCCUCCCAGAUCUCCCCGUUCUGUGCGAUGAAAGACUGCAGAAACUGGACCCAUCGACGUGGACAAACGUUCCCAUACCCCCCGAAGCAGCGAGAAGAGCAAUCUCAUUGUACUUGGAGACCGACCACACCAUCACCGCCCUGUUCGACGUUGAUCUCUUCCUCGACAGCCUGGUUUCGGGCAGCUCUCGAUUCUGCUCCAAGCUGCUAUUCAACUCUCUUCUCAGUUGGGCUUGCCAAGGUUACACUGCGUACGAGCCGGAGGCUUCCGCUUGGAGUUAUGCCUUUUACGACGAGGCAAUCCAGCUUCUGGAGGAGGAUUGGAGGCUGGGUUUCGUAGCUCCGGUCACGGUUUCGGCAUUGCUUUACUUGAGCAUGUCGUCCAUGUGUCACGCGAAGAACAUGACGGAUGCCUCGAAACACCUCGAGAGCGCAAUCGACCUCGCCAAGAGCAUCGGGCUCUUUGGCAUCCCCGAAGACGAAAUGGUGGAGGCAUGGCCGGAAACCGGCGCGGACAUGCUGUGGGAAAAGGCCACCGCACAAACUGCUUGGGGCAGUUUUGUCUACAUCACGACGCCGAUUCCAGGAUACACGAACGACAUUGGCGAAGCGCUGACAUCGGAUGAGCAGCAAUUGCCAGCAUAUGCGGGGCAGACGUUCUCUUUGCUCUGCAAGCUGGUUCUCAUAGCUCACGACAUGAUUUGGAUGAAUUAUGCCAGCAACAGCGUACAGACCACGGCUCAUUCGAUGGUGGAGGCGAUGGAGUUGGUGUACAGACGAUACCUGGCGUGGGCGGACGAUCUACCCCUGGAACUGGUGCGCAGCGGUGAGAGUGCGCAUCACGUUCUCCUUUUGCACACCUACCUGCACGCCUUCGUGCUAGAUCUAUUUCGCCCCUUAUUCCGACACGGCGACGCGAUGCGCACCAGACUCGAGUCUUUCACGUCCCAGCAGGCCUCCCCGGAGGCAGUCUGCUCCGCGUCCGCCACCCAACUGAAAAGGAUCGCCAUCACGUACCUCCAAAACUGCCCGUCGGCCUCGUACAGCUUCCUCUGGCAAACGGCGCUGCUCUACGUCGCGAACGCGGCCCUCCGCGAGUCGGCCCAGGCGAUCGACAGCUCCGAGCAGCGAUCCGACUUCCGCACGUGCAUCAUCGGGUACCAGAAGCUGCAGCGGUGCUUCAGGCUCCCGCAGGCGAUCGUCCGGGGUCUGCUUUCGAUGGUGUUGCGGGAGGGGCUGAUGACGUCCUCGGAGGCGCGGGCCAUCAUCAAGGAUUCGGAGGAGAAGGGGAAACACCACCCGUUGCUGGAACCGAUACUGGCGCCGUUCGUCGUCGACCUCGACAUUUGCGUGGUGGAUCGGUCGGCGGCGCUCGUCGACAGACUGGCGGCGGAAUUCGACGAGAUUGCGAUACUCAACGAGUUCACGAUGGUUACGGCGGGAAGGGAAGGCAUGGAGAGUUCGGCUGACAUACUCGUCUACGACGCGGACAGCUGA